AUGAAGGUAAACAAGAUCUGUCAGAUUGUCAGGUUCAAGUUAUUCAUUCACCGUUGGAAGCUAAGGAGUCUUGGAACCCUGAGAAGAAGCCAUCAAAAAUCAGGGGCUUUAACCAAGAAAACACCACCAGCUGGGUAUCUUGCAGUUUAUGUUGGGAUGCAAGAAAAGAGGUUCUUGAUACCUACAAGGUUUCUAAACAUGCCUGUUUUUGUAGGUUUGUUAAAGAAAACAGAAGAGGAGUUUGGGUUUAAAUGUAAUGGAGGGCUUGUUUUACUUUGUGAGGUUGAGUUUUUUGAAGAGGUUUUAAGGUUGUUAGAUAAAGACGAGACUAGAUUUGCUAGGUUUGGUUUGGAGGAUUAUUUCAAGAUUGUUUCUUGUGAAGUGGGUUUUGAUUCUUGCAAGGAAACAACUUAUGUUUUUACUCCAUUGUUAGAGAAAGCUAGGGUAUGA